GAAAAGUCAGUAAUUAUAAAAUUUAUUGUGAGAUUAAUUUUAUAAUGUAACAACCGGAAAUACUUUUUAAACUUAAAUGUCUUGGUGUAGGGUAAGGUAAUAUAUUUUUACAAACUACGACUAAACACAAAAUGGCUGCUUCUAGACUAUGACCCAGUAUGUAACCGGCCAUAUUGUGUACCAAUCUAGCAGACAACAAACCUGCUGGUUUUAUCGCCGAUUCAAAUCUGUAUUGGGCUGCCAGAAAUAGACUAAUGGCAGAGAGGCUUAAGUCUGGCGUAGGAUAAAAAAAACCCUACUGAAGGAAACAAAUGGCAUUACGAAUGUGUAAAACAAACUGUACUGUUCCCAACUGGAAAUGAGACUCAGUAAGAAUUAUCCUGUACGUGAAAGUGAUUACAAAUGUAUCCAACCCAAAAGUUUCCUAACCUCUUCGGCAAGACAGAAAUGCUUCACUGCUGGUGUAUAAUUAUCUCAAAAUGAAACCUCAGUGGCCUGACUAGCAAUAAAGACUAUCCAAAAGUUUUGUGGAUUAUUAUCUACAUCUGUGAAAUAAGUUUCAGCAGUUUGUUAAGAAAUAUGGGUGUUAUAGUUAGAGUGCUACAAGCUGGGAGAAUGAGUUACAUACCUGCCCUGAAACUUCAACAGUUAUUGGAAGGUCAUCAUAAAUCAUCAAAGGAAGCUACUGCAAUUAAAGAUACGCUCAUUUUGGUUGAACACUUUCCUGUGUACACUGUUGGAAUCAGAUCAAACGAUUACUCCAAGGAAACUGAGGAUAAACUAGUGUCACUGGGUGCAGAUUUUCAUCGUACUAACAGAGGUGGUCUCAUAACCUUCCAUGGGCCUGGUCAGCUUGUUGUAUAUCCAAUUCUCAACCUCAAGAAUUAUAAACCUAGUGUACGGUGGUAUGUUCAUCAAAUCGAACAAACUGUCAUAGAUGUAUGCACUGAGAUGGGGAUAGAAGCAGAGACUUCACCUUAUACUGGUGUAUGGGUUGGUGGCCGCAAGAUAUGUGCAAUUGGGAUCCAUGGUAGCAGGUUCAUUACAACACAUGGAUUGGCCUUGAAUUGUAACACAAAUCUGGAAUGGUUUUCACAUAUUGUGCCCUGUGGUAUUAAAGGAAAAGAAGUUACUUCUUUGUCAAGAGAAAUGGGAAGGGAAUGUACAAUUGAAGAAGUGUUACCAAUCUUUCUAAAUUCUUUUAGUAAAUUGUUCGGAUGUAUUCUUUGUGAUUUUAGUAAAGAAGACACUGAUAAAAUAUUUAAAGAUAUUGGGAAAGAUAACAGAACUUUAAAUUAAUGAAGGUUUAAAAAUUCAAAAGUGGAAGUUAAGACAGUCUUCUUACAGGUAAUAUUAUUUGUAAUUUUUUGUUUCCUGGUGGAACUCAAGAAAUGGGUAACUUAAAGAACAUCAAUAAAUGUAGAUUUAUAUGAA